GUACAGGUUAGGGAUCAAGGGUGGGAAGAUGGUGUAAGUCAUUUCAUACGAGGCCUUAAUCACUGCCCUGCCUUCUGUAGGUACUGCCAGUCAGCCACCAUGGCCUCUCGGCUUCUUGGGCUGGCAGAAGAGUCUGGCCCAAGCCCCAGGGAGUCUGAAUUGGCUGUGAACCCCUUUGAUGGGCUCCCAUUCUCUUCCCGCUACUACGAGCUUCUUGAGCAGCGCCGGGCCUUACCCAUCUGGGCUGCUCGCUUUAUCUUCAUGGAGCAAUUGGAGAGUAGCCCCUCGGGAGUGGUGUUGGUGUCUGGAGACCCUGGCUCUGGCAAGAGCACCCAGAUCCCUCAAUGGUGUGCAGAGUUUGCAUUGGCCAGGGGUUUCCAGGAAGGCCAAGUAACUGUCACUCAGCCCCACCCUCUGGCAGCCCUGAGCCUGGCCCUGCGGGUUGCCGAUGAGAUGGACCUAACCCUGGGUCAUGAGGUUGGAUACAGCAUUCCCCAGGAAGACUGCACUGGGCCGGACACCCUGCUCAGGUUUUGCUGGGACAGGCUGCUUCUACAGGAGGUGGCCUCAACCCGGGGCACAGGAGCCUGGGGCGUGCUGGUGCUGGAUGAGGCUCAGGAGCGGUCAGUGGCCUCGGAUUUGCUCCAGGGGCUACUGCGAAAUGCCAGCCUGGGAAACCUUCCAGGGGACUCAAGAGUGGUUGUGGUUACUGACCCUGCCCUUGAACCUAAGCUCCAAGCCUUCUGGGGAAAUCCUCCUAUUGUGCGGGUACCCAGAGGGCCUGGUGCAUGUCCCACUCCUGUAUACAGGGACACUGUCCCUACUGAUCGAGUGGAAGCUGCCUGCCAAGCUGUGAUUGAAUUGUGUACGAAGGAGACUCCAGGAGAUGUGCUAGUAUACCUGCCCAGUGAGGAGGAAAUUUUGCUGUGCUGUGAAUCCUUGUCCAGGGAGGUGGGGCCCUUGGCUCUCAGAGGGCCUCCACCACGAGUGCUGCCCCUUCACCCAGGACUUGGCCCAGCUGUUCAGGCUGCAUACGAGGACAUAGACUUGGGUGCCAGAAAGGUCGUGGUCACUCACUGGCUGGCUGACUUCUCCUUCUCCCUCCCUUCCAUCCGACAUGUCAUUGACUCAGGACUGGAGCUUCGAAGUGUGUACAAUCCUCAGAUCCGAGCAGAAUCCCAAGUGUUGAGACCAAUCAGCAAAUGUCAGGCAGAGGCAAGAAGACUCCGGGCAAGAGGGGUCCUACCAGGAUCCUGCCUCUGCCUGUACCCUAAGUCCUUCCUAGAACUAGAGGCGCCCCCACUGCCCUCACCCAGGGUAUGUGAGGAGAAUCUGAGCCCCCUGGUGUUACUACUAAAGAGGAGACAGAUUGCAGAGCCAGGGGAGUGUCACUUCCUGGACCGGCCUGCUCCAGAAGCACUGAUGCAGGCCCUAGAAGACUUAGACUAUCUGGCAGCUCUGGAUGAUGAUGGGAACCUGUCAGACCUGGGAAUCAUCCUAUCAGAGUUCCCCCUGCCCCCUGAGCUGGCCAAAGCCCUGCUGGCCUCCUGCGAGUUUGACUGUGUGGAUGAGAUGCUCACCCUGGCCGCCAUGCUCACUGCGGCCCCUGGGUUCACCCAGCCUCCACACUGUGCAGAAGAAGCUGCCUUGCGCCGAGCCCUGGAACACACAGAUGGUGAUCACAGUUCUUUGAUCCAGGUGUAUGAAGCCUUUAUACAGAGUGGAGCAGACAAAGCUUGGUGUCAGGCUCGGGGGCUAAACUGGGCAGCAUUGUGCCAAGCCCGGAAACUUCGAGGUGAACUCCUAGAACUCAUGCAACGAAUUGAACUUCCCUUGUCCCAGCCAGCCUUUGGCUCUGAGCAGAAUCGCAGAAACCUUCAGAAAGCACUGGUGUCAGGAUACUUCCUUAAGGUGGCCCGAGACACAGAUGGGACUGGAAAUUACCUGCUCCUAACACAUAAGCAUGUGGCCCAACUCUCCCCAUACUGCUGCUACCGAAGCCGCCGGGCUCCAGCCAGACCUCCACCGUGGGUGCUUUACCACAAUUUCUCCAUUUCCAAAGACAACUGCCUUUCCAUUGUUUCUGAGAUUCAACCACAGAUGCUGGUGGAAUUGGCCCCUCCAUACUUCCUUAGUAACUUGCCUCCCAGUGAGAGCAGAGACCUCUUGAACCAGCUGAGAGAAGAAAUGGCAGAUUCUUCAAUAGAAAGUGAAUCCCCCUCCACCCAAGAGUUUGGAGAUGCCUGUGUCCUGCAGUGACUUGCCUAAGGAAUGGAACUGAGCUCAUCUCAAGGCAUUAGAUCCCCCACAGGCUAGCACUAAGGCAGCCAGCCAGAUUUAGAAGGCCAAAGGUUAGGGUGAAAUGUAAAUCCUGGAAUCUGAGACUCAAGAAGUGGUGGGCCAAGAGUGGAGGGAAUUGGGAAAGCCACAGUAUACAUAAGGUUGGACCCUUUCCUUAGCCUUCUUCUAUUUAUUGGAGAGUGACUGACAUGUCACCGCCAAGCCCCCAACUUAUGCCAAACCCAUCUUUGUGUGCUUCAUUUUGGCCUAUAAAAGUUCUUUUUCUAUGUGUCAAGUUUGAGUUUUGUUCUGCAGCAGCAUACACAACAUCCAUGAGUUAGAGAUGACACAAUAUCAUCCAACUCCCCCCAACAAUAUCCUCUUGCCUGGUUCCCUCCUGUGGUCAAGACUUGGUGCUGUAACUGACCUAGCUGUCACUACCGUAGAACAUGAGCAAUUUGACAACAGUUGGUCUCUGACCCUGCCCAAAGCUCACUUCCCUCUGUCUUACUGCUGCCUCUAGGGGAGGAAGAAUGAGAGUGCUGUAAGAAAUCAGACAAA